AUGCAUACUAUCUAUAACUUAUUCCAGUGGUUACUAUGGAUAUGUUUUAUUUAUACACUUUUGAAUUCUGAUCUUUAUGUUACUGCAGAAAAAGGAUGGGAAGUUUUUACAGAAAUCGAGAGUGAAGAAACCAUAAUACCACGUACUAUAAAAAUUACCAAAGCACCACGUAAAGAAGAAACAAUUCGAAAGUCAAGAGCAGAAGUUAAAGUUGAUAGAAGAGUUACAAGAACGACACCAGAAAAGGAAGAAGAUGAAGAGGAUGAGAAACCAAUACAGGAGAAAAAUACUAAAAAGCCUAUAGAAGAAGAUGAUGAUGAAGGUCCAGAGUAUGAACGAGACUUUCAAAGAGAAAUCAGAAUUGGACGCAAAAGGAAAGGCAAAAAAAUUGGUGAAGAGGUUUCAAUAAAAUUACCUAAACAAGUUCGGAAGUCAAGUAAUUUGCAUUAUUCUUCACUAUAUAAUUUAUUAAUAAUUCCUUUAUCAUUAAUAUGUGUUUAA